AUGACGGUCAGCGUUUCGAUUGGUCCCGCUGAUCUGCACGAUUCGGACUCCUCUUAUACAGAGGACGAGGAGGACUCCUCGGUUGUGCAAGUCUCCCACCACCCUUCCGACGGGAGUCAUGAUUUUCUAGACGAUGAAGAGUGGGCAAACCUGUCUUUGUCAUAUCCAGAUGAAGUGAAGUCGGCUGAUCCAGCCUCGAGACCAAGGACCUCACACCGCAACCGUUCACUUUACGGUUCCCGUUCGGCCUCAGGCCCUCGCCAACAAUCGCGCCGUCAAAUGAACACUGAGCGCGACUUCGGUGGCUCUCGAGCCCGGCGCCACUCCCCAGACUCGCCGGGAAGCCCAGACUCGGAGGAGGAAGAACAUAACUUCCCCCGCGGCCACGGUGAACGACGAUGGCAUCCGCAGCAUGCCCAGCAAUAUACACAGAGUGUCUCUUCAGGCCCAUCCUAUAAUAACCAAUAUCCCCCAGGGCAUGCACCCUUUCCUCACCAGGAUUCACUCGUUCAAGUUCGACCUGGAAACCACAAUGGUCAACCAUACCCUUCAGCGGCUUACCCCUACGGACCACCUCAUGGCGCUCAUCCGAUGGGCCCCUACUUUCAAGAGCAAAUGCACGGUAGACAUCCCCAACAGCCACCCCAGCCACGCAUGGACCCGCACAAUCACCCACAGCAUCUACAUCACAUGGGAGCCCCUGGGGUACCUUCGCCCUUUGCGGGGACCCCGUUUCAUCAUGAACUCAUGCCUUAUGGUCCCAAUGGAUAUUAUAACAACUACCGUGAUCCGUACAGCAUGUUCCCCGGAAUGAUGCCCCCAUCUUACUUCCCAUACCCGCAAGUGCCUUCCCCAGCCCAGGCCGAAGCCAAAUCCCCACCAACACCAGCUCCCGAUGAAGCUCACCCGGAGGCGGCAAAGGACACCACCAAAGACGAAGCCAUCGCGCGACUGGAGAAAUUGAUAUUGGAUGAACGAACCGAACGUGAAAACAAAGAAGCUGCGCGUCUAGCUGCCAUCGAAGCAGCCGCGGCAGAGAAGCUCGCGCGGGAGAAACAGCUUGCGCAUGAUACAGCGAUUGCAGAGGCUGCUGCCAGUUCUGCUGCGACCAUGGCUCGCACAGAGGCAGAAAAGAGAGCGGCAGAGGAGGCGGCGAAAGCUAAGGAAGAGGCAGAGAAGGCCGCCGCUGAAGCCGCAGUCAAGGCCAAGGAGGAUGCGGAGAAGGCAGCAACAGAUGCAGCCACAAAGGCCUUGGAAGCUGCAGGCUUGGCUGCUGCCAAAGCCAAGGAAGAAGAAGAAGCGAAAAACAAGGUCCCCCCACCAGAGAAAAAGAAGCCUAUAAAGUUCAAGGAUGCCGUGGGAAGAAAAUUCAGCUUUCCCUUUGAGCUCUGUGCUACAUGGCAGGGUAUGGAGGAUCUCAUCAAACAAGCUUUUCUGCAUAUUGAGGUUAUUGGGCCCCACGUAGCGGAGGGCCACUAUGAUUUGGUAGGGCCGAAUGGCGAUAUCAUUCUUCCCCAGGUGUGGGAAACAGUAGUGGAGCCUGACUGGCUUAUUACCAUGCACAUGUGGCCCAUACCGGAGAAGCCCAAGGAGCCUGAUCCUCCUCCAGCCGCCGAUCCCCCGGCAGCUGCUCCUGCCAAGUCUGCGGAUGGGAAGAAGAAAGACGGCACCAAGAAAGCGCCCCCUCCGGGCUUCGCUGGGUGGAUGAUGGGUCGACGUGCGCCUCCUCGACCUAAGAAAGCGCCCAAGGCUGAGAAGAAGGAAGAACCACCAGCCCAGUGA